CCUGGGUCUUGUCUCUAGGUGGUGCUGUAUGUCCUACCUUUUGCUUUACACAGCUGGGGAACCCAUUCACAGAUCCACUCCUCCAGUCUACAGUCGUCACAGGUCUGAGUAGUCUCCCUGACGUGGUCUGGACGUGGUGUGUCUGCCUCCCCGCAGUGAUCCACACACAGCUGCUGCUAACCAGCAGAGGAGACAUCGAGUUAGCUUACCACCGAGACAAACACCACCUGGUCCCCUGGUUAUCUGGUUACCAGCUCUUUCUCUGGGUAUGAUGAGGUGGUGACCCCGGGUCAGCCAGGCCAUGACAUGAUUGCAGUUCGGUGUGGAGAAGAGACGAGAGAGCAGAGUGAUUGAGAAAGAAGAAUGGGCAGGAGGGUCUGGGGCUGCUGGCAAAGUGUCUUCUCUACCGCAGUCCUCUACGGCUCUUUGGCCUUGUUUACCUCCAUCCUCCACAAUGUGUUCCUCCUUUACUACGUGCAGACAUUCGUGUCCGUGUACAAGAUUGAUAAAGUCUCCUUCUGGGUCGGAGAGACGGUUUUCCUGAUAUGGAACAGUCUGAACGACCCUCUCUUCGGCUGGCUGAGUGAUCGCUCCUUCCUCAGCUCUCCUCAGUCAGGCUCCGCGAUCACAUCUCCAGAGGUGGUGCUAAAGCGCCUGAAGGCCCUCUCCACAAAUGGCCCCCUCUUCUCCCUCUCCUUCCUGGCCUUCUGGGUUGCCUGGGCCAGACCAGGGCUGCAGUUCCUGCUGUGCCUGUGUCUGUACGACGGCUUCCUCACCAUGGUGGACCUCCACCACAGCGCCCUGCUGGCCGACCUCGCCGUGUCCGCCGCCGAUCGCACACGCCUCAACUUCCACUGCUCGGUGUUCAGCGCUCUGGGCUCCCUCUCCGUUUUUCUGUCCUACUCCUUCUGGGACAAGGAGGAUUUCUACUCGUUCCGUCUCUUCUGUGUGACUCUAGCUGCUUUCUCCAUCUUGGGCUUUUUCUUCGUGUCUCGGCUGUUGCGGCAUCGAUUCCAAAAGGAAGUCCUUCCCAAGCUGGAUGAGGCGCAGACACUGAAGGAUCUGAGUGUUGGCCACGCUCCACUGACCCACCCUGAAAAACCUGUCACCAUCGGGCAGUACAUCAAGCAGCUCUCCCAACACAAGAACUUCUUGUGGUUCGUGUCCAUGAACCUGAUUCAGGUUUUUCACUGCCAUUUUAACAGCAACUUCUUCCCUCUGUUCCUGGAGCACCUCCUGUCUGAUAAUAUCUCUGCCUCUACAGGUUCAAUCCUCCUCGGGAUCUCUUAUGUUGCCCCCCACCUCAACAACUUGUAUUUCCUGACACUGUGCCAGCGUUUCGGGGUAUACCAGGUUAUCCGCUGGCUAUUUAUGCUCAAACUGGGACUUAGUGUGGCUAUGCUGCUGGCAGGGGCUGACCACAUUUAUCUGCUCUGCAUCUUCAUUGCUAGUAACCGGGUCUUUACAGAGGGGACAUGCAAGCUCCUGAAGCUGGUCAUCUCUGAUCUGGUGGACGAGGACUUCGUGGUGAACAAGCGACAGCAGGCCGCCUCAGCGCUCCUCUUCGGGAUGGUAGCCCUGAUGACAAAACCUGGCCAGACAUUCGCCCCACUCAUCGGCACCUGGCUGCUAUGUGCUUACACAGGUUACGAUAUCUUCGAGAGGGAACCCGUGAAGGACUCUCUGGUUUCUGUGCCUGACGUUGCCUCCGGCUCAGGGACGCCACCUGUUCGCCUGGGCUGCUUCUACAUGUUGGUGUUCGUGCCUAUCACCUGUGCCCUGCUCCAGCUGGCCGCCUGGUCUCGCUUCACGCUGCACGGCCGCAAGCUGCAGGGGAUCAAGACCCUGAGGCAAGGGGCCCAGCACGGCCACCUUAUCGAUGUCAAGGCCAUAUGAACUGAACGGAUGCUGUCUGAAGCUGCACAAAGACACUUUGAAACAUUAACAUUACAAUCCUGAUGAUACAAAUUCAGAGGGAAAUGAAGCAGCAGCAGGCCGAUCAGGCGUCUAACUGCUUAACCUUGUGUGCCAGAAUAUGAACUAGUGCAUAACAUGUGGCUUUAUGGACAAAGAAGAAUGCACUGUAAACUCACAAAUCCCACUGGGAGAAACUUUAAACCUGCCUUAUUUUUAUAUUUAAAUAUUAAACUUAUAUUUAUAUUUGAACAGAUGACCAAAAGAUAAAGCCGAACAAAUCAAUCCUUUGGAUGUUGAUGGACCAAGGUGACAACUUUUCAUGAUGUGCCCUCUUUUAAUUCUGAUCUAAAGUGCAGUCUUAAAGCUCUCACUGCGAGGAAACAUUAGUGUGAUUCAGAAACAAGCGAGGCUGAAGUUCUCUUCUCUGAUGUUAACACAAUACAGAAAAUAACAUUACAUUUGAGUGCCAUAGAUAACUGCAUGUAACCUGCACCUCAGAGCUGAACCAUUACUGUCUCUUUACAUUUACACAGAACGCCCUGAGGACUGUAUUUUCUGAUAUGUCCAGUAUUGAUAACAGUGUUUCUUUUUGCACAAAACUGCCAUUAGUCUGAUGUACUUCUAACAUUCUGGUUAUGACACAACUUUAUGUACUGAAACCAUGAACAUUUGAAUAAGGAGAUCAGGCUGGUAAGCACAUUAUCAGCAUUUUUUUGUAAUUUUUGCAGAUUAUAUGACAAAUGUGUGGCACUACCACAAAUAAACCUCAUGUGUGCUGAACCAAA